UAGCAGACUUACUGAUACUGAAUUGUUGUUUGAUAUUUUUGGAGUGGAAAUCACAGUACAUUAGUUAUAGUAUACAUAUAUAUCUAUUAAAGCUUUAUAUUUGUAAAUGUAUAAGUGUGUGUAAAUAGCACUACGAUGAUAAAACAUCAAAAAUUAGGAUAUAUGAUAGAAUUCUACAUAUUUGUACAGAAAAAGGAUCGGAUGAAUGACAAAUGAAUAAACAUUUUCUUGAAAAUGUGAAUCUAUUGAUCUCUUUUGCCUCCUCUUACAAGGAACAAUGCAUGUUCCACAUAGCCAGACAGUAUAAACAAAACAAAAAAAUACGAUACUCGUUUCCCACUGCCUUCUUCAGGAAUUUUAACAUCUUCACAACACCAAUAUAUGUACAGAAUGCAAGACCUGUAACAGACAGUCUGUUCUAUGACUUGGAUAAGUAAGGAUGUCAAUUGCACUCUUCCAAUUCGAAUAUUAUUGCUACAGUAUCUAUUGACUUUUCGAUGCAAUUAUUCAUAAUCUAGGUAAUUCUGAAUUCUCACAAAUUGCUGUAAAUUUGGAUAACUCACCAAUAAAUUUUAAAAGUUUUCAGAGUUAGGAAAGUACAUAAUUUUGUGGUUUUUAGAACUAAGAUUUGGCAGCUUUAAAAUGAAAUGAUGACCUUGAAGAACAUAUUGUGUAUUUCACUUUUGAUGCUUGCUAUAGGCAUCGAGAUUAACCAGGCAAAAAAAUGUAAAAUUCCAGAGAACAAUGAAGAUAUCGACUGGGAUAAGGUAAAGAAUGACUGGUAUUUGGUGCUACACACCAACGAUGAGAUCAUGAAAAAAGAUGUUUUAGGUGCAAAAUUACAGAAUAUCUCUAAUACAAAUGAAGGAAUGCGAAUGGUGAUUACUGAUUUACAUGAGAAUUCUCCUCCCCAAACCUUUACAAGUCAUAAGACCAAACGAAGAGACGGCGUUUAUCAUGGGGUAAAGAGCGAAGAGCCAGCUUCUUUGGCUUCUCACACUCUAACACCAGAUGGAGGAACAAAUAAUAAAGCGAAAAUAAUAGAUGAUGCCUUAUUCAAUGGUGAUAUUCUGGCUUUAUGUGACGAAAAGAAUUUUUUGCUCAAUGCAUUCUGCAGUCUUUCAGAUGAAUGGGUUGUCUGGGUGACAUUUCCAACCCUGAAUCCAACUAUUCAUCAAAUUAGUUUGAUGUGGAACAAACUCAUUGAGAAAGGAAUCAUUGUACAACUUUAUCCUUCCAAAACGGUUGAACAUCCAGAGUUGAUGGAAAGUUUGAAGUGACAAGAUCAUUCAAUACUGAGUUAUAACGAUGAACACAGAUCUAUCCAAUAAGAAUUAUAAUACUGCAGUGUAAUAUUUAGUACAACUAUUAUAUUCUAGAAAAAAUAAAGACAGUAAGAAAACUACUGGAGUACUUUUAUAUAUAUAAUUUUAGGUCUUAUGCCAUGUCUCUUUCAGUUUCAUUGUUAUUAUGUUGUGCUAUAUUCAAGUUGUAAAUUAUACAAUGAAGAGAUGAUGCAAAUGUUUCAAAGUUAUUGUUUGCAAUUUGAAACUAGAGGAAUUCAUUUUUAUUCUUCACAAUUUGAUAAGAUAAGAUAAAAAUUUAGUUCAUUGUUAAUAGAUUUAAACAAAAAUAUAGUGGUUUGA